GCGACAUUCUAUCGCGGAUGACGGUUUGUUGAUUUAACAUUUUCUUCCUCACGUGAUGGACAUCCCUUGGUACAUGGAUUUGACGAGCAUCAACUGACAGGUCAAAAUAGCACGUUAGAGAGUCACCUUGUAUAAUCCUUAAUCAUACACGUUUCUCGUGAAAUGAUAAACAUUCGUAUGCUUUUCGAGCAGUCGACGGUACUCGGUGUCUUGCGGGUGACAGACUGUCUGUAAACAGUACGUUUUUCAACACGCCUAAAAUUUAUAGCAAUCAAAAGAAUAAAAUUCGAUUAUUGCAGUUACGGGCUUUUCGAUUAUUGCAGAUCGUUGAAGAGUUUGAGUGCGCAAAAAUAUAGAAACGAAAAGCAAGAAUUACAACUUUAUGCGUCGAUUUGACAGUUAUAGUGUAGUGACGUUUGAUCGAAGAUUAAAUCGUGGUGUCAACUUUUAAAGGGCAAAUAAGGGUGCGCGUCAUCCCUCUAUAGAUACUUUUAAUUACAAUUCUAAUUAUAAUCUAAUUAAAAAUUAGUAACUUUUAUUAAAUUAUAAUUAUAAUAUUUCUGCAAUACUUUAAAAUCGGCAAUCGAGCGCGAUAUUUAUCGUAUUCUUAUUACAAACGGAAGCAUCUUUACGAGGAACGUUCGUUUCGAUCGGACAGCUGGAAACGAACGCAGACUUGUAUUUCUAUUAGCAUUUUAUUCAAUUUGCCACUUCGAGAAAUUGUCCUCGAAGGACCAAUAAGAAAGUUGUCACUGAGAAAUUCGAACAUUCGAAGAAUGGAAAUUAUUUUCGGCGCAUGCUAUCUCAGAAUCCAAUUAAACAAUUAAGGACGCGCAAAUAAUUGUCGUCGUCACUCGUGAUUUCCUUCCACCAGUCCAGAAAGAUUGUACGAGAAGGAAGUUUCGAGCUCACUCGUCGCAAGUGGGUGACCCAAAUUAAAAUUCAACGAUAGAAGGUUUAUUGACUCGAAUCGCGGGUUUAUCAAGACGCGAAUCGGUUCUCUUUGUUUGCGCGCGCGCGAUAUACUUAGAGGCGCGAUAUCAGGAACGUGCACACGCGAAAGGAAACAUCGUUACGCUGUCAUCACGAUGAAUCGAACGGACGUGUGAUAUUCAUCGAGUGGAUCCUUCGUGAUGGGGUCAUCGGGGGAGGACGAGAACGAGACACUCGAUUUCUGGCGAGAUUGGGAUCUGGACAAUCUAACUGAGAUCGAGUACCUGAAUAAAGUGCUGGGACCCAGGUACUUGCCUCCGAGAUUGGUGAUACCGCUCACGAUCGCCUAUCUUCUAAUCUUCAUCUCUGGCGUUUUCGGUAACGUCGCCACAUGCACGGUCAUCGUCCGAAAUGCGUCUAUGCAGACUGCCACCAAUUACUAUCUUUUCAGUCUGGCUAUAUCCGACCUCAUUCUACUUGUGUUGGGUCUUCCCAAUGAGUUGAGCGUAUUCUGGCAGCAAUAUCCUUGGGCUCUGGGCGCGGGGCUUUGCAAGAUACGGGCGUACGUGUCGGAGAUGUCAUCUUACGUGUCAGUUCUCACGAUCGUGGCGUUUUCUAUGGAGAGAUAUUUGGCCAUCUGUCAUCCCUUGCGCGUCUAUUCGAUGAGCGGUCUCAAAAGGCCGACACGCUUCAUUCUUGCGGCUUGGUCGAUCGCGAUCGUCUCGGCCAUACCCUUCGCCAUGUAUACCAAGGUCAAUUUCGUCGAAUAUCCGCCAGAAUCCGGAAACUACUCGGCUGAUUCGGCGAUUUGCGCGAUGCUUCUGCCCGAUAUGCCAAGACUUCCCCUUUACGAACUCAGUUGUAUCGUAUUCUUUUUGAUACCGAUGCUCAUAAUUCUUGUGGUGUAUACGAGAAUGGGACUGAAAAUCAAGAGCAGUACCAAAAAAACGCUUGGUCCAAUACAGGGCUUCGUUCACGGCGAUUCUCGACAAACUCAGUCCAGAAAAUCUAUCAUCAGGAUGUUAAGCGUGGUCGUUAUCAUGUUCUUUGUCUGCUGGGCUCCGUUUCACGCCCAACGUCUGCUUUACAUCUACGCACAGGAUACCGAUUAUUAUCCGGAUUUAAACGAAUGGCUGUAUAUUCUCAGUGGAUGUCUGUAUUAUUUCAGCACCACCGUCAAUCCUAUUCUCUAUAAUUUAAUGAGUAUCAGAUACCGCCAAGCGUUCAAGCAAACGAUAUGCUGCAGAACGAAGAGACCGAGAAACAAAAUCUUAACGGAUAAGGGAUCUCAUCUAUCCGGACGUGAUUCCAUGAAUAAAGUUCGCGAUCGAAGUAUUAUGUGUUCUAUUAGGCACAGCAUUGCUCAAGUCAAAGAGAUAUUCUGCUUUACACCGAGCAGUGAGGAUGAUAUCAAGAGUAGAAAUAGUGAAAAUAGCAACUUUCCUCAAAACGCUUACUUGUUACAAAAGAAAGAUUCAUCCUCAACGUUUCUCUCUGAACGAGGGCAUUUAUUUGUUGGCCAACAACUUAGCAACGAAAGCACAACGUCCACGAAAAGAUCGGAAGAUACAAUUUCCAUAGCUAAAACCAAUCUGUGAUCUAUCUUCAUUCGUUGCAUUAAAACAUAUGUAGCGCAUAACAUUGUAAAUAAUUUGUUUGAACUAUUGAUUAGCGUUAAAAGAAUUUUAUAACAUUCUACAACAUUGUAAAUAUAUAUAUAUAUAUAAUUAACUAUCGAUUAUAAUAUAACACAUCAAUGUUUUAUAUUAUUUAUUCUAGAACAAACUUUUACACAUUAUAUGUAUCUCUCUCUGAUAUUUAUUUAAUUUUCAUAUCACAAAACUUCUAUGUGUGGUGUAUAUAUAAAUAUUUAAAAUUUUAACACGAGGAUAAUAAUUUUUAUUUGUGAUGCGCGAUUGUUUCCAUAUAAAAAUAUUUACAUGUUUUAUAUCAACGCAAUAUUUAAUAAAAAGAUGAAUUUGUUUAUAAUGAUUUAAAUAAAUGUUUAAUAAAAUAUUAUUGUCAAGCUCUAA